AUGCUAUUUUUUUCGUUGGGUGUACCCCGUGGAUCCAGAAUGUUCAGGUAUGCGCUGCAAUCUGUUGCAUUAUUCAGCGAGGAGACGAUCGCUGCCAGAGUGGACUCCUUGAAGAAGACGUUCCGGUGGUCGGAUGCCGACGUGAGCAUCGCUUUGUGUAGGGCUCUGCUUUUGCUUACAAAAUCAAAUGAAUUGCUGCAGUGCAGGUCUGAAUUCCUCAUCUAUGAAGUGGGGUUGGAACCGGCGUACAUUGCUCAGCGGCCGGUAAUUCUCUGUUACAGCCUAGAGGGCCGGAUGAGACCUCGGUACUACGUUGUAAAGUUUCUCAAGGAAAAUGGAUUGCUCGAGCGCGACCCGAGCUACUAUACUGUUUUCAAGGAGACCGAGAAGUAUUUCGUGGGGAAGUUCAUAUACCCUCACAAGGAAGCUGCACCACACCUUGCUGAAGAUUAUGCUGCCGCUUGCGGAGGGGAAGUGCCCGCUAGAUUCAGAUUUACAUGA